GAGAGAGGAUGGCUCAGGAGACGAACCAAACCCAGGUGCCUCUGUUGUGUACCACAGGCUGUGGAUUUUACGGCAGCCCCCGGACCAACGGGAUGUGCUCCGUUUGCUAUAAGGAGUUUCUACAGAGACAGCAGAGCAGUGACCGGAUAAGCCCCCCAGCACCCGGUGGUCCCAGCAGCAGCCCCAUGGCUUCAGAUUCAGUUGCAGAGCAGCGUGCAGAGGAAGACUGCACACCUGAGGAUGCAAAUGCGAGUGCUCAGACUCCUGUGACCCAUCAGAUGACAGCCAUGAGCAUAUCCAGAGAAGAAAACAACAGUGAAAAAGAAGAACUCGUCAAGACAGAAGAAGUCUCGUCAGCGUCUUCCUCAUCAGAUACUGUGCUCGAAAUAUCCCAGAACACGGCUGAGGGCAAGACAGCUUCAGAAAAACCGAAACAGAAGAAGAAUCGUUGCUUCACCUGCCGGAAGAAGAUCGGGCUGACUGGCUUUGACUGCCGCUGCGGGAACCUGUUCUGUGCCAUCCACCGGUACUCCGACAUGCAUGCCUGCCCCUACGACUACAAGGCAGAAGCUGCCGAGAAGAUCCGUAAGGAGAACCCCAUCGUUAUUGCUGAGAAGAUCCAGAAGUUGUGAAGGGGGUUGAGCAGCUCGAACUGCAGCCAGGUCGCCUGGUGCUCCUCCCCUUCCUCCCAGCCUUCCUCCUCUUCCUCCCCGCCCCAUCGGUGGUGCGAUGGGGACUCCAGCAGCACACACGAACCAGCACCUGGACAUGGAGACUCCUUGCACCUCUUUGGCAGACAGCUGCUGUUCCUCCUCUCCCU